AUGGCUGAGGUGUUGAGUGAGGAGUCUGGAGUGAGUAAGCUUCUGGAGGGGGUUUCGCGUGGCCAGACUUCUACCGGGGAAGCAUUGGCGGCAUCUACUUCUCCCCCUUAUUGGGACGCAGACGACGAAGAUCAUGGUGGACCAAAACCUUCCGAGUUAUAUGGGAAAUAUACAUGGAAGAUAGAAAAGUUUUCCCAGAUUACCAAAAGGGAACUUCACAGUAAUGCAUUUGAGGUUGGAGGCUACAAAUGGUAUAUUUUAAUGCAUCCACAAGGUUGUAAUGUGCGCAAUCAUCUCUCGCUGUUUCUGUGUGUAGCUAAUCAUGACAAACUUCUUCCAGGAUGGAGUCAUUUUGCACAAUUUACAAUAUCUGUGGUCAAUAAAGACCCAAAGAAGUCAAAAUAUUCUGAUACAUUGCACCGAUUUUGGAAGGAGGAGCAUGACUGGGGAUGGAAAAAGUUUAUGGAGGUGUCAAAGGUGUAUGACGGAUUUGUUGACACUUCUGACAGUUUUAUAGUAAAAGCUCAAGUUCAAGUCAUCAGGGAGAAAUCAGACCAGCCUUUCCGUUGCCUUGAUUCUCAUUAUAGGAGGGAACUUGUUAGGGUAUAUUUGAGAAAUGUAGAACAAAUUUGUCGGCGUUUUGUGGAGGAAAGACGGAGCAAGCUAGGGAAGUUGAUUGAGGAUAAAGCUAGGUGGUCGAGUUUCUUUGCUUUCUGGAGGGACAUUGACCAAACAUCUAGGUGCCGGAUGUCCAGGGAGAAGACAGAUGUAAUUUUAAAGGUUGUAGUGAAACACUUUUUUAUUGAGAAAGAAGUUGUUUCUACUUUGGUAGUGGAUUCCUUGUACAGUGGAUUGAAGACUCUUGAGGGCCAGACUAGCAAAAAAGGUUUGGUAAACUUGUUGGAUUCAGCAGAAAUAACAGCACCUAUUGUCCGUGUUGAAAAAGACAUGUUUGUACUGGUGGAGGAUGUUUUACCGCUUCUUGAAAGGGCUGCUAUAGAACAUUUCCCUCCAAAAGAUGAAAAGGGUCCUCAAAAUCGUACAAAGGAUGGAAACUCUGGGGAGGAUUACAAUAAAGAUUCUAUUGAGCGUGCUGAAAGGCGUCUCAUAGAAUUAGGGCGCAGGACUUUGGAAAUAUUUGUCCUUGCUUAUAUAUUCAGCAACAAAAUUGAGGUUGCUUAUCAGGAAGCUGUUGCUCUAAAGAGACAAGAAGAACUCAUUCGCGAAGAAGAGGCAUCGUGA